UUCAAACGAACAGGAUGAAGUACAAUUGAUAGUUUACAGAAAACGGCAUACCGAAGUUGUUACCCACCCUCAUCAUACAGAGUCAUUAUAUUCAUCUCCAAAGACUCCAAGAGUGCAAUUUGACAGGAUGGUUGGUAAAUAUAAGAUACCACUCUACGAGGAUGAUAAUUUGGACGGCGCCAUGACAUCCUAUCCAAGUCAAAUGCACGCCCAAUCUCAUACUCUUCUUUUCGCUACCGCCUUUUCUCUCCUCAAUAAUGUCGAUAUGAAUACUAUGGACUACAGGAAUGCUGCUAGCGACUAUGCAUCAUAUCAAGAAACCGCCAAUUAUCCAGUUUCUUAUCAAUUUCCGAGUCACAUUGAGACAAGAAGUGGGCAGUCGAAUAUACCAAGUCACGAUCAAGUCGAAAACCAUACGAGCAGAUCUUAUCCAGCCCCGGUAUCUUGUCAAACAUUGCUUGGCUUCUCUGCACAAAAUAAUUAUCCGUCGGACUCUGCGAUCAACCAUUCAUACAUUGUUACGCAAAUGCCAAUGCAAAUGUUACUUUCAUCUAAUAACUCUAACGUAAUUAACGAGUCCACUAACUCUGGGUAUGUUGUUAUGAAAGUAGAGUGUACUCACUUAGACAGUGUAUCAGCUGCUGACAUUGAAAAUUAUUACCAACACCUCAAUAAUUAA